UCUUUCAUUUUCUGCAAGUGCCUCCAAACCCUUAAAAGAACUAAAUUUUAGUUUUAGUUUUCUUCAAGAAAUCAUAAUUGAUGGAUCCCCUGUUUGGUCUUUUUAGCUAAUUUGAAGAAAAUCUUCAAUGGGUUUCUUGAUUUUACAGUUUUUUAGUAGUUUUGAGUGUUAGAUCUGGAAAAAAAAAAUGACAUCGUUUAGUGGUUUAGGUAUUGGUUUGAGUUUCCUUUUUGGUUGCAUGGUAAUGGGAUUUGCUGCAGAAUUGUACUACCUGUUGUGUGUGAGAAAAAGAAUGUCAAAAACUAUUUCUUUAACCAAAAUUAGCACUCAAGAAGUUACAAGAAAUCAAGAAAUAAAUGAUCAAAAUCAAGAUUUGGAGCUAGGUACCAACAAUGAUUUGUUACUAGAGUCGUCGUCGUCAUCGUCAUCAUCGUCGUCAUCAUCGUCAUCAUCGUCGUUUAUAAAAUUGGAAGGAUACAGAGAAGAUAACGCGGAGUUAGAGCUAAUGAGAUUGCAUAACUUUAGAUUUCUCUCCACAAUUAAAGAGGAAACAAAGGAGGAUUUAGAAUCCGAUGAUGGGAAAUCCAAAUGUUCGAAAAGCAGAAGCUUUAGUGACAUUACUGUUAUUCUUACUCCUCUCUCUUCACCGCCUGUUAAGUCCCGGAAUUGUUCUGAAUCUUACAAUUCUCAAGAAUUCAGUUUCAAUCCUCUGUUUGAAUCUGAAAUCAAGACUAUGAAAUCUUCACCUCCACCAAAGUUUAAGUUCUUGAGAGAUGCUGAGGAGAAACUUAUGAGGAGAUUAAUUGUAGAAGCUGAAAAUAGAAGAAAAUCAUCAAAUUCAACAAUGUUCAAUGAUAAAGUUGUCUCCGACCUAUAACUCACAAGUUCGAGUGUGGAAAUAGCCAAUGAUGCUUGAGAAAAGAAAACUUUCAUCAAAUUCAACAAUGUUUAAUGAUAAAAUUGUCUCUUUGUGACGAUUUAUAAGUCAAAUCAUUUGCACAGAUACUUCACUUAGCUUCUGCACCUAGUAUUCAGCCUAAAGGUUUAGAUUUCUGUUUGACAUCUUUCAUCUAUAGCCAAGAGUUAGCUACUUUUGUAUUAACUUUAGUUCAGGUAGAAAAUAUAAAAUUUGCCUACA